AAUGGAGAAAAACGUGAACAAGACAAGUGUUACGGGUACGGGUAGAGCUGGAAAGGAAAGAUUUUAUCUCAAAACUCUCACCUUACAAAUGACAGGGAAUGUUCGAAUAUAAAGGAGCACGAUGUGAAGAUGUGCAGCAUACAUGUAGGAGUUGAAGCAAAACUGGGCAACAAUGCUUUCCAGGAAAUUUGUCAAACUGUUUGGGAGAUGGAAACCAGCCUUGUUACCUCCACAAUCAGCAACAUGCUUGUUCACAAAAUCAAGCAUAUCAAGCAGGCAUCUAACUGAACAAAGACUUGACCAGAAUUAUGGCAACCAGCUCCCACGUGGUUCAAGAACAUUGGCACAUGCAUCCAUCGGUGUCUUUUCGCAGAGACAUCAUCAUAGGCACAGUCGAUUUCCACUUGCUUUGAUUGCAGAAGGACAGCAUGUUCUCCCGUGCCCUCUCAGUCAUCAUGGUCAUGAAGCGCAAUUCUCCAUGCAUAGAGUCCAGUCAUUUCACAGCUGUUCACAUCUCCUUAGGCAGAGUGUCAGAGGCAGCAGGUGGACUGCACAAAAUAUGAGCUUGAUGAGUUCAGUUGUUGACAAGGCACCCAACAGAGUCCAACCGUACCUGAGACUGAUAAGAUUGGACAAGCCAACUGGAACCUGGUUGGUCUACUGGCCAUGUGCAUGGGGCAUCGCUCUGGCUGCAGACCCAGGCCACUUCCCCAGCCUCUACAUGCUGGCCUUGUGUGGCCUAGGAGCUCUGGUGGUUAGAGGGGCAGGCUGUACCAUCAACGACAUGUGGGACAGAGACUUUGAUAAAUCGGUUGAACGAACCAGCACAAGGCCCAUAGCAUCAGGUGCAGUCAGUGAAAGUCAGGCGUUGGUCUUCCUAGGAGCACAGCUCAGCGUUGCGUUGGGAAUAUUACUCACUCUCAACCCAUACAGUAUAACUCUGGGAUGCAUGGCCAUGAUUCUCAUUGUAGUUUAUCCACUCAUGAAGAGGUUUACCCACUGGCCACAGAUCUUUCUUGGUGUAACAACCAACUUCAGUGCUUUGAUCGGCUAUGCAGCUGUCCAUGGGUCAUGUGACUGGAGUAUCGUACUGCCGCUGUAUGUUUCCUGUAUAGCAUGGACCAUCGUCUAUGAUACCAUCUAUGGACACCAAGACAAGAAGGAUGACUUGGCCCUUGGCCUUGGAUCUGCCUCCAUCGUCAUGGGAGAUAACACCAGGUAUUGGCUGACAGGCUUUGGUGCUGCCAUGGUAGCUGGUCUGGUGCUGGUGGGUGCAACGGCAGAGCAGACUGCAGCGUACUACCUGGCUGUUGCUUUGACGGCUGCCCACAUUGGCAACCAGGUGUGGACAGUAGACAUCAACAACCCUCGGGAUUGCUGGAGCAAGUUCCGCUCCAACAACAGACUGGGCGCCAUCAUCUUUGCUGGAAUCAUUGCUGGGACUCUGGCAAAGGCCUCGACCACUAUGCCAGGCAGUGCAGCAGAAUCCGACGAGAAAAAACAGUGUGCCGAAAAUCGAUUGGACGAGUUGAAGAGGGGCAUUUGAAUGAACUGUUUGAGGGACAACUGCAUUUUGAAUCUGUUUGACUCCUUGUCAAGUUGCUUAGAGUUGCCUAUUUUGCAUCACCUUGAUGUCAAUUGGGUGCUUAAAUUGAAAUUGGCCAGCCCAUAGUAGAUACAAAAUGUUAUAAAUUAUAUUAAGUUUGUACAGCAAAAGCCCUUCUGAAAGGGGAGGGAUAUGUGAUAUCCCAACCCUGUCAAAAAACCUGUAAGCAGCCACUUGCAAGAGCAUGUCAAUUCUAACUUUAAAUUUCUGAAGACAAGAAAGAAAUGUUACCCUAAAAAGGGACAGUUCUUUAAAUUUUAUCGAAUAUACCU